CUUGUUACCUACUCCUCUUAAAUCCUUAAGUUCCCACUCCCACUCUACUUCUCUUCCUAUCCCUCAACUUUCUCCCUUUCCCUCUUUCAUUGGUGAUUACAUAGUAAAGUGCUAAUCUUUGAUCUCUUCUUCUUUUGAGUAUGGAGAAGCAUAAAUGCAAGUUAUGUUCAAGGAAGUUCUUGAAUGGCAAAGCUUUAGGUGGUCACAUGAGGUCUCAUUUAAUGGCUUUGCCACUUCCACCUAAGACUCCGCCGUUAAAACAAGAUUCCGGCGGCGGCCGUAGCCAGUCAACUCUGUCACUCUGUUCAUCAGAAAAUCAAGAAGAGGAAGUGUUAGAACAGAAAGGUGACGAUUCAUUGGGUAAUUAUGGGUUGAGAGAGAAUCCAAAGAGAAGCUUUAGAAUGAUAGAUCCUGAGUUUUUGGAUGGUGGGUAUGUGGUACAAGAUAGAGAAAGUGAGACUGAGUCAAUAAAAAAACCAACUUGUAGAAGAUCCAAAAGAAGUAAUAAAAUGGUUGUAACAGUAGAAAAAGAGAAGGAGAAAUCAGUUGAUUUUGAGCCAUUGAGUUUAUUUUCAGAUAGUUCAAGUGAAGAAGACAUUGCUAUGUGUUUAAUGAUGCUUUCAAAAGAUGUUUGGAAAAGUUCACAACCCUCAAAAUUAAGGCCAAAACAUGGGAAGAAAUACCAAUGUGGGAUUUGUCACAAAAUGUUCAAAACUUCUCAAGCUUUAGGUAGUCAUAAAACCAUUCACAAGAUCAAGAACAGCAAUUCUUCAACUUCUAUUGAAGAUUCAGAACAAAAACCAACCAAGAAAUUACUUAGUGUGAAGAGUAUUAUGGAUAAAAAAUUGCAUGAAUGUCCAUUUUGUGGGAAAUUAUUUCAGUCAGGUCAAGCAUUAGGUGGGCAUAAAAGAUCACAUCUUAUUAUGAGUUCAUCAACUACAGGUUCUUCCUCAUUAAAACUUGGUGAUAGUUUUUUAGUUGAGCACUCAAAUUCAGCUAAAUUACCAAAUGGAUUUAUAGAUCUUAACAUGCCAGCACCAAUGGAAGAUGAAGAUUUUAGCCAACCAGAUUUUUCUGCAAUUUCAGAUGCUGAUUUUCAACAUCAAGAAAAUGGGAGAGGUUAAAAAAAUUGUCACUCUCGUUUACUAUCUUGUUUUGCCUUUUUUAAUCUUUAAAUAUGUCUUUUAGUAAUUUUUCUUAAAUGGGGUUUACUUAUUUAUAGAAAAGUCAUGAUCUUUAAUCC